UUCUAAGUGAUCCAGAACAGGAUUUGAUACUUGCUGAGUGUUUCCCCACAUAUGGUAAUUUUGCACUGAAAUGACCUUAUUCUUCUAUCAAGAUUGGAACAUUCAGCAUCCAGUCUUUGUGGGCUGUGCUUAGAAGUGUUUGCACGGUGGACUCUGGAACUGAAUUUAGCUCUGAUGAGAGCUGCCGCAUACAGCCAUGAUGUUGAAGAAGUGGCUUUUGCUGGUGCUGUGGGUUCACAUGAGCUACUGGGGCUCAGGAUCGUGUGGGAAGGUGCUGGUCUGGCCCACCGAUGCCAGUCACUGGCUCAACAUAAAACUGGUGCUGGAGGAACUCUCCCUUCGGGGCCAUGAUGUGACUGUGCUGGUGCCAUCAGCAAAUUUGCUCAUUGAUUACAAUGAGUCUUCUUCCCCAUUUGACUUUGAGGUCCUUCCGGUGCCCUUUACCAAGGAGACCAUGGUGGCCAUGUUGGAGGACUUCUUGCACCUGUGGAUGUACGAGCAUCCCCGUCUGUCCUACUGGGAGCUGAUGUUGAAAAUGAAAGAAUUCAUGGAAGUCUCUAUCGAGAUGUUCAAGCAGACCUGUGACAGUGUGGUGCUGAACCCCAGGCUGAUAGCAAAGCUCCAGCAAGCAGGGUUUGAUGUGCUAAUCUCAGACCCUCUUUCUCCGGGCGGUGAGCUGGUAGCAGAGUUGCUUGAAAUCCCUUUUGUCUAUACUAUCCGGUUCUCUGAAGGGAACACAGUGGAGCGGCUGUGUGGGGGGCUUCCAGCCCCUCCUUCGUACGUACCUGCCAGCACGGGGGGAUUGACAGACAGGAUGUCCUUCAUAGAGAAGAUGACAAACUUGCUGCUUUAUAUUUACCAUGAUGUGUUUUUCCUGCAUUUCUGGGGGGAUGAAUGGAAUCAGUAUUACAGUGAUGUCUUAGGUGAGACAGUGACUAGACAUACAUAGCUUUUUUGCCCAGGCCAAGACUUUAAAAAUUGCGGGCCUCAAGUUAGAAACUGAGUUU